CAAAACACAGUGCUUCACAUGCCAUACAUAUCUGUGAUUUUGUGCUAACCGCUAACCAUUCGCAAUCGAACGGUUGCCGUGAGCGGUUGGGGUUUUUUGAACAUUCGAUCUUGAAUUUAAAUUGCGUAUUCGUAUAUGGACAGUCCGGAUUAAAAAAUUAAAAAUAAACAGAAAAAGUGCAUAAGUAAUAAACAUAAAAGGAAAGUAAAAAUCGAAAGAUAACAAGAUGUCGCGACGGUUAUGUACAGCCGCGCUUGUACUUAUACAAAUCGUGGCUUUGGUGCAUGCAGCCGGCCAUUACUCAGUCAUCGGACCAGGCACCAUACGCUCCAACUUCAAAUACAAUGUUGCUGUGUCUGUGCAUAAAGCGGAAGAACCCUGCAAAAUCGAUGUCGCCAUUACGGGUCCCUCGUAUAAUGAAACCAAAACGGUAGAGGUACAACCGAUGUCCACAGAAAAUGUUGAAUUCAUUGUACCCAUACUGAAGGAGGGUGCUUAUAAUCUAUCUGCUAAGGGUGUUUCUGGCAUCGUCUUCGAGAACUCCACAAAGUUGAAUUACGCAGACUACAAGCCAUCUAUUUUUAUACAAACUGAUAAGGCCACCUAUAAACCUGGUGAUUUGGUACAGUUUCGAGUUCUGUUUUUGGAUGCCAAUACGCGUCCAGCCAACAUUGAAAAACCGAUUACAAUUCUGAUUAACGAUGGCGCACAGAAUCGCAUCAAACAGUUUAAGGAUGUAAAACUGACCAAAGGUGUUUACACCGGUGAAUUUCAACUCUCCGAACAACCUGUGCUGGGCAAUUGGGAAAUUGAUGUCACGCUCGAGGAUCAAAGCGCAGAAAAAAAAUCGUUUGAGGUAGCCAAGUAUGUUUUGCCAAAGUUCGAAGUAUCCAUUGAGACGGCCAAAGAUGUGGCCAUACCCGAUGGCGUCAUUAAAGUUUCUAUUCGCGCCAAGUAUACUUACGGUAAAUCGGUCAAAGGCAAGGCAUCGAUAUUUAUUAAACCUAUUUAUCAUUAUUAUGGAAAUAAUGAUAAUUUGGAAGCAAAGAAAACGAUCGAUGUCGAAGGCAAAGGUCAUGUUGUAUUUGAUUUGAAUAAAGAUUUGGGCAUAACCGCUGAACGCAGCUAUGUACCACCGCUGAAAGUACUGGCUGUUAUGGAAGAGGAACUCACUGGUAAUACACAAAAUGCCACAUCAACUGUUAAUUUGCACAUCCAGAGUUAUCGCAUCGAAGGCGUCGACGUACCGUAUACCUACCAUCCCGGCAAACCGACCAAAAUCACUAUUGUUGUGAAACGUUUGGAUGGUUCGCCUGUGCGUGAUAAAACAAAUAAGGCGAAACUGAUUGUCGACCCACCACGCAAUUAUAUAUACCGUAGUUUUAUUUCGGAACCUGGUACAACUGAAAGUACAAAUGAAGAGCUGGAAGAGAAAAGUCUAGAAUUUGAGUCGAAUCUUGAUGGGAAUGGCAUGGCGACUUUUGAAUUUGUUCUACCCGAUACUAAUAGCUACUAUUCGGUUAAAUGUAGAUUCUUGGAUUCGUCAACGUAUUUUAGUUCCAUAUCCAAAUUUACGCCCGCCAUUGAUACGCGCGAAUUACUAAAGUUGACCGUAAAUACAGAAAAGCCACGCCUUGGCAAACCCGUUAUGGUUGAGGUGAAAUCCAGUGAAAAUAUCCCAUACUUUGUGUACACCAUUGUAGCUCGCGGCAAUAUUGUAAAGACGGAAUACGUGGAUGUGCCUGAGGGGCGCAUGUCGCAGGUCAUUAAGUUCACGCCGACAUUUGAAAUGGUGCCGAAAGCUCAUUUAUACGUGCAUUACAUAUUCGACAAUAAUUUGCGUUUCGAAGAAAAGGCAAUCAAUUUCGAAAAGGAGUUCGAAAAUUCGAUCGACAUCUCCAUUCAACCCCAAGCGAAACCCGGCGAUGAUGUGAUGCUUCAGGUCAAUACUGAUCCCGAUUCAUUUGUUGGCCUACUUGGAGUCGAUCAGAGUGUGCUGCUACUUAAAUCCGGUAAUGAUAUAAGCAGAGAUCAGAUAUUCAACAGUUUGAGCAACUAUGAUGCCAGUACACCGUGGAUGCAGGGCUACGGCCGUUAUCCGGGCCGAGAGUCCGGUGUGGUAACAAUGACAAAUGCAAAUUAUCCCUACAACGAGGGCCAUAGAAGAAAACGUCCAGUUGCGGGUGGCGCCAGUGGUGGGUGCGUGCCAAUUAAAGCUGCUUCUGGCAACCGUAGAAAAUCGACUACAGAAACGUGGAUGACAACCAGCUCCACCACCGUUGGGCCGUUAGAUGAUGUCAGCAAUGAUAGCACGACUGAUUUGAGCUUACAAGCGCGACAAAAUUUUAUUGAAAAUUGGAUAUUUUUGACAUUGAAUGUGGCCACCAUUAUACCCACUGAAGGCGAAAGUUUCAGCUUAACCAAGAAGAUCCCUGACACCAUUACUUCUUGGGUCAUUACCGGUUUCUCCUUGAAUCCGAAAAGUGGUUUUGCUCUAACAACAAAUCCCACUAAAAUACAAGUGUUUCAACCAUUCUUCGUCUCGACCAAUUUGCCAUAUUCGGUAAAGCGCGGCGAGGUCAUAGCUAUUCCCGUUAUUAUAUUCAACUACAUGCCCAAGCCUUUAGACGCGGAAGUGACCAUGGAUAACUCAGAUAAGGAGUACGACUUCACCGAGGCCACCAAUGAGAUUGAGGAUAGUCCGCUGGAUGAGAUUAAACGCACGAAACGUAUCUCUAUUCCAUCCAACACCGGCAAGAGUGUAUCCUUCAUGAUACGUCCCAAAAAAGUGGGAGAGAUUACAUUGAAAAUAGCUGCCGUUACACCGUUAGCAGGUGAUGCCAUUCACCAAAUGCUCAAAGUCGAACCCGAAGGUGUGACACAAUACGAAAAUCGUGCUGUAUUCAUUAAUCUCAAGGACAAAUCUGAACAUAGCGAGAAAAUAAAUAUUGAUGUGCCAGCCGAAGCAGUGCCCGAUUCUGAGUACAUAGAAUUCUCGGUUGUUGGCGACUUACUCGGACCAACUGUAAAAAAUCUGGACAAGUUGGUGCGCAUGCCCUAUGGUUGUGGCGAACAAAAUAUGGUCAAUUUCGUGCCCAACAUUCUGGUCUUGCGUUAUUUGGAGGCCAUCCAACAGAAUGUGCCUGCAAUUACAGAGAAGGCAAAGAAAUUCCUCGAGAUUGGUUAUCAACGCGAGCUAACUUAUAAGCAUGACGACGGUUCAUACAGCGCUUUCGGAAAAUCCGACAAAUUUGGCAGUACUUGGCUGACCGCAUAUGUGAUGCGUUCAUUCCAUCAGGCAGCCAAAUACACAGACAUUGAUCCUAAAAUUAUUGUGAAGGGCUUGGAUUUCUUGGCUUCAAAACAAGCGCCAAAUGGUAGCUUCCCGGAAUAUGGAAAACUGUUCGAUUCUGCGCAUCAGAACGAACUGGGUCUGACGGCUUUCGUAUUGUUGGCGUUCCUAGAGAAUGUGGAGUACACACCAAAGUAUCAAUCGCAAAUCGACAAUGGCCUUAAAUUCGUAUUGGACAACGUGGAUCAGACGGAUGAUCAAUACUCGCUUUCUAUUGCUGUCUUGGCUCUGCAAUUGGCCAAGAACCCUACCGCCGACAAAGUUCUCACCAAACUACAAGGUCUUGCCAAACAGGACAACGGUCGCCAAUGGUGGUCGAAGGAAGAUACGCCCAAAGAAGCAGAUCCCAUUUGGCGUUGGCGUCCAAGGAGCAAUGACGUAGAGAUCACAUCUUACGUACUGCUAGCGGUGCUGGAUAAAGGCGAUGCCGCAAAUGCUUUGCCAAUUAUCAAAUGGCUGAUCUCCCAGCGUAACAGCAAUGGUGGUUUUGCUUCGACACAGGAUACGGUGGUAGGAUUGCAGGCGCUCAUAAAGUUUGCAGAGAAGGCUGGCUAUGGCAGUGGCGAAAUGGAUAUCGAUUUUGUUUCAAGCGGUGCCGAAGAGGGUAAGGGCUCUAUUAAAGUGAAUCCGGAAAAUUCGCUUGUGAUGCAAACUCACGUGUUACCCAAGAGCACACGUCAAGUCGAUUUCACCGCUAAGGGCAACGGCUCCGCUAUGGUACAAAUGUCAUACCGCUAUAAUUUGGCGGAAAAAGACAAGAAACCUAGUUUCCAAAUAAAAACAGACAUCAAAAAUGAGAAACUGUCAAUAGCUGUUGAUGUAUGUGUCGAAUAUGUGCCGCUUGCUAACGCCGAACAAAGCGAAUCCAAUAUGGCUGUAUUGGAAGUGUCCCUACCAUCCGGUUACACUGCUGAUUCUGAAAGCUUCGAAGCUAUCGAAGUGGUGGAUAGUGUUAAGCGUACCGAAACAAAGAAUUCCGAUUCGACAGUGGUCGUGUACUUCGAUAGCUUGACGGCUGGCGACGUUAAGUGCGUGCCAGUCAAGGCUACCAAGACGCAUGCGGUGGCCAAGCAAAAGCCCGCUGCCGUCAGCAUCUAUGACUACUACGAUACGAAUCGUCGCGCCACCGAAUACUAUCAAGUACAGUCGUCGCUUUGUGAUAUUUGUGAGGGCGAAGAUUGUGGCGAAAAUUGCAAAAAAGUAAAAGACUCCGAAAAACAGCAAUAAAUAUAUUUUAGUAUGUUCAAACAUGGAUACUUAUGCUUUAUCGAGUAAAAUAUUAUAAAUGAAAAUAAAAUAAUAAAAAAUAAAAUAUAAAAUA